AUGAUAGCGUGCUCGCGUCAUGGAACGCCCGAGGUGGAGGAUAAGGUGCAGAAAAAUGGCAAUGAUGAUGACGAGGAUGGGGCAAGCGAAGGCGAAAAUGAAGAUGAGGGAAGCGACGUGGACGACGACUACGACGGCAAUGAAAAUGUGGAAAGGUGCGAUGACGGUAAAAGCGACGCGUUUGAAAAUGAUCGCAACGACAGGUACAAUGAAGAAGAUAACUCGAAAUGCGCGGGAGACGAUUGCGCAGACGUGGUUGGACGAACUGGACGCAACAACAGCAAAAACGAGAGGAAGCACAAGCAAACUGCGGACGCCGAUGACGAGGAGGAGCAGGAUCAGGAAACUUCCUCUCGAGGUGAUUCCCCGGAGAAUGUAUUAGUCCCGUAUCGUUGACGUUCUAGUCAAGCAACUAAGAACAAGAUGAAGAUGAGUGAAGAUUGCUCAGUGCAUCUCUCGUAUUAUACGUUGAUUAGUGUUCUUUGCUAAAAAAUUAGUUCUGGAACACCUUUUGCAGAGGGAAGUGUAACUCUUGAGAUACAGAGAAGCAUACCAAAGUAGCAAAACAAUGCAUGAAAGUGAAAGACACGAUCAAGAUUCAAAAAGAAAUAUGAGGUGAAGAUGCAGGAUUUCUUCACGAAUGAAAGACAUGAUAAAAGUUUGAUUACAGCAUGAAG